CGGGUUCUGUUGCCUGGACAACAAAGUAAAGCCAUCUUGCUUACAAGGGGAAGAACGAAAUCGUUUUGAUAGUUUUUGCCUCAAAACAAUCGACAUGCCUCCUAAAAAGAAGAAGAGUGGGAAGAAAGGAAAGAAGGGAAAGAAGUCUGGAAAGGCAAAAACACCAACUGUUAUCGAUGGAAUUUCUACAGAGGAAAUGUCUAAGGAACAGCUGGAGGAGCACAUUGUACGCCUCCGUGAAGAACUGGACAGAGAACGUGAAGAAAGAAAUUACUUCCAGCUUGAGCGAGACAAAGUUAACACUUUCUGGGAAAUUACAAAAAGACAAUUGGAGGAAAAGAAAGCAGAAUUACGUAAUAAAGACAGAGAAAUGGAAGAUGGCGAAGAAAGACAUCAAAUAGAAAUCAAGGUUUAUAAACAGAAAGUAAAGCAUUUAUUGUAUGAGCACCAAAACAACAUAUCUGAGUUGAAGGCAGAAAGUGUUUGUGCUAUCAAAUUAGCCCAGGAUGAUCACAGGUCUGGUGAGAACGAAUUACGGAAAGACAAGCGAGGCCUCAAAGUGGAACUCAAGGAGCGGGAACUUUCUCACGAGGACUACAUUAAAAAUUUAAAGAAGAAACAUGAUGAACUGGUAACACAAUUGAGGUCAGACUUUGAAAGACAAUCUCGAGAAAUUGAAGCCAAAUAUGAGAGGAAGAUGAGAACUCUGCGGGAUGAGCUAGAUCUUAGGAGGAAGACUGAAAUUCAUGAGAUUGAAGAGAGAAAGAAUGGCCAAAUUAAUGAACUUAUGAGAACGCAUGAAAGGGCUUUCAGUGAUAUCAAGAACUACUACAAUGACAUCACACUCAACAACCUAGCUCUCAUCAACACACUCAAGGAGCAAGUAGAGGAGAUGAAAAAGAAGGAAGAGAGAAUGGAGAAGAGGAUGGCAGAGGUGAUUCCAGAAAACACCCGGCUACGGGAACAGUUGGAGAAAGCUAACGGGGAGGUUGAUGAUCUGAGGAAACAACUAGCCAACUAUGAGAAGGACAAAGAGACUCUCAGGAUGACCAAGGCAAGACUGAGAGUGACAGAGGAUGACUUCAGAGCCAUGAAGUGGGAACAUGAGGUGCUCGAGCAGAGGUUUGAAAAGACACAAGGGGAGAGAGACGACCUGUACAAGAAGUUUGUGAAGGCCAUCCAUGAAGUACAACAGAAGAGUAACUUUAAGAAUCUGUUGUUGGAGAAGAAACUGGGUGCUCUGGCUGACACGUUGGAGAAGAAGGAGGCCCAACUGAAUGAAGUGUUAUCUGCCUCCAAUCUUGACCCCACCGCACUCACUGUUGUCACACGCAAACUCGAGGAUGUGCUUGACUCCAAGAACAGUGCUAUCAAAGAUCUACAGUACGAGUUGGCAAGAGUGUGUAAGGCUCACAAUGAUCUGCUGAGAACAUAUGAGGCAAAACUUAUGCAGUUUGGUAUACCCACGGAGGAACUAGGCUUCAAACCACUGGAGAGCACUGUAGGAGGCCAGGCAUUAGGACAGGGACCCGCUGGACUGGUGUCUGCCCCAUCAUAGUCUAUACUAACAGCCCUCCGAACAUUCCUAGAACUUUUUGUGUCACUCCGUCCAAUGGAAAUCAUGCAGACUUUUAAAUUACAUUAUUAUCUAUAAAAAAAGUCAGAAAUAAAUGAUUUUAUAAUUUGCUCUCAAGAGUCACUAAAAUAUUUAUUUCGUGCAAAAGUGUCCAUACAUAGACAUCGGUUUUACAAUGACAGCUACUUGGUAUGUAUCACUUAGGGUUGAAAAAGCCAGAGACAAACACUUAGGAAUCGAUGUAUAUAGAUAGAAGUUUAUGAGUGAAGCAGAAUACUGGGGGGAACAAACCUUUAAGAUGUGUACUCAAAUAACAAUGAACUUAUUCAUACAAGCCCUAAGGAGCAGCUAGGAUGGUGCCCCGACUGUUUGUGAACUCACCUUCAACGGCACUGCUCUGCCUGGACACUCCACCAAUAAUAAUCUACACAUCCUUGUGACCAAAAACAGGUGUUAAUGGAAAUAAUUUGAUCUUUAUAAAAGUACCAUUAUUUAUUAUUGACUUUUAUUUUGUGAAUACUUUUUGUACAUUCACAUGUCAUUUAUCUGUGAUAGCUAAAUUGUACUUAUACAUUGUAAACUAAAAAAGUAAUGUAAUGUAUACUGUACAAAAUUAAAAACAAAACAAAACAAA